AUGCGGAAUAUCCAAAAUGGCUGCGUCUUUGUAGAAUAUGGUUGGCGUACCGUACAACGCUUGCCCAAUAUGUCGAUGCGUGGUUUAGCCACCUUGUUGCUGGCUAGUGAAGGCUUUUAUAAGGAAAAAUUAUCAGGGCCUUGUAAGGAAAAAUUAUCAGGGCUUUAUAAGGAAAAAUUAUCAGGGCCUUGUAAGGAAAAAUUAUCAGGGCCUUGUAAGGAAAAAUUAUCAGGGCUUUAUAAGGAAAAAUUAUCAGGGCCUUGUAAGGAAAAAUUAUCAGGGCUUUAUAAGGAAAAAUUAUCAGGACCUUGUAAGGAAAAAUUAUCAGGGCCUUGUAAGGAAAAAUUAUCAGGGCUUUAUAAGGAAAAAUUAUCAGGGCCUUGUAAGGAAAAAUUAUCAGGGCUUUAUAAGGAAAAAUUAUCAGGGCCCUCUAAGGAAAAAUUAUCAGGACCCUCUAAGGAAAAAUUAUCAGGGCCUUAUAAAGAAAUAUUAUUAGGAUAA